AGCCUAGCCGUGCUGCUGAGCAAUGACAUGCUUUGGCGUAGAAAUGCUAUUCCACCGGGGCACAGCGUCUCAUCGGCUAGGCUAGCUUGUGGGAAUGGAAAAAAUAACUGGCCACUAGCCACACUGGAGUCUAGAUACAACUCGCGUGCUUCAACGCUCACUUUUUUAUGCCGCAUUCCAUACGUUACAUCUUUUUUUUCUCAAAGGAAAUAAGUGAGGUUGGCCGUCAGAAAUCAGGUCAACAGUGACGUCUCAGAGCCCUUGAAGUUCUAAGCUUUGAUGCAGUACAGUGUACCUCGUGCAAGAUGACGGAAGAGGUGAUUGUCAUCGCCAAGUUCGACUACAUGGCCCAGCAGGACCAGGAGCUGGACAUCAAGAAAAACGAGCGCCUCUGGCUCCUCGACGACUCCAAGUCCUGGUGGAGGGUCCGAAAUGCCACCAACAAAACAGGCUUUGUGCCGUCCAACUAUGUGGAGAGGAAAAACAGUGCCAGGAAAGCUUCUAUUGUCAAGAACCUCAAAGAUACACUAGGAAUUGGGAAGGUGAAGAGCAGAAAGGGAGGGAUGAGAGACACGGCGUCCAACGCCGACACAGACAUGUAUGCAGAUAACGGGGAGCGGCUGUACGACCUCAACCUGCCCGCCCUGGUGAAGUUCAACUACACGGCGGAGCGCGAGGACGAGCUCACUCUGGUGAAAGGCACGCGGGUGGUGGUGAUGGAGAAGUGCAGCGACGGCUGGUGGCGCGGCAGCUACAACGGACGGUCAGGCUGGUUUCCGUCCAACUACGUGACGGAGGACGUGGACGGGACGGCGGGGGGCGGGGGAAUGGGCGGCCUCGGCGAGCAGGGCGGGUCGCUCACGGAGAAGCUGGCGGCCGUGAUGAACAGUACCACAAACGGGAACCGGGUGCUGCACACGGUGCAGGCGCUCUACCCCUUCAGCUCGGGCAACGACGAGGAGCUGAACUUUGAGCGCGGCGAGGUGAUGGAGGUCGUGGAGAAGCCGGAGAACGACCCCGAGUGGUGGAAGUGCCGCAAAGCGGACGGACAGCUGGGCCUGGUGCCCAAGAACUACGUCACGGUGCUGGACUCCGCCUCCCACAAAUCCUCGGCGGCGCUCGCCGGGCCGCCCACGCCCGACUGUGACUACAUCUCGCCUUCAGGCACCGGGCGCUUCGCAGGGAAGGAGUGGUACUACGGGAAGGUGACGCGCCACCAGGCGGAGGUGGCCCUCAACCAGAGAGGCACAGAAGGAGACUUCCUCAUCCGAGACAGCGAGUCAUCACCAAACGACUUCUCCAUCUCCCUGAAGGCACAGAGCAAGAAUAAGCAUUUCAAAGUGCAGCUGAAGGAAAGCCUUUACUGCAUCGGACAGCGCAAGUUCAACUCUAUGGAAGAGCUUGUGGAACACUACAAAAAAGCCCCCAUCUUCACCAGUGAGCAGGGCGACAAACUGUACCUGGUCAAGGCCUUGGCAGCUUCCUGAUCCCUCUCUGUCUCCCACACACACACACACACACACACACACACACCUCUACACAACUGCAUCCAUACAGUAUAUACACACACACCAGAACACACACUAACAUAUUAAACUCCAAGCCUGAGGACUUAACACAUCAUCAGGACUUUUUAAUGCCCGAUUUGUGAGCAUUCCAAGAGGAGGAAGCAAAGGCACGGGAGAGACUCAGAGGAACAGAGAGAGAGCGAGAGAGAGAGGGGGGGAGAGAGGGAGACAAAGAGGAAAAAGACUAUGGACUCCUGAGAGUUGACUACAGACCUCUUGGUCGCCCUAUUUUAAAUUAUCCAGAUGUGUUAGGUCAUAGGCAAACAAACGCCAUGUAUUUCCAUCUUGAUAUCUAUUAGUUACAUUUAGUUUCUUUUCUUUUUUUGUUUUGUUUUUGUCAAUAAUAUAUAAUCCUUUUAACAGUUUCUUUUUUAAAAAAAAAAAUGUGAUUUUUUUUUUUUUUUUCUUUUUUAACUAUCGAACACACGACAUCCACCGCGAGGCAUUCUCUCUCUUUUCUUUUUCUUUUGUCGUUUUCCAGACUCUAUCCCCAUAGAGGUCUGCAUUUCAAACGUUCUGUGUUUGUGUUGGCUGUCUUAACGGUUGUGGACGACGCACCGGGUUCACAACUUCCUGCUAAAUGCUAAUCAUGAAUAAAAAUUAAGUGACCAAAAUAUAUUUAUUGAAACAGUUCUAUUAGGAUUCACCGUUUGUGUUUUUUUUUUUAAAUUUCUUUUUAGAGAUAUCGGGACAUCCGCACCGUGCGGGUGUGCGAGUGUGUGCGUGAAAACGGAAGAUGAAUCAUCUUCUCGUGCGAGGUCGUGUUAUUUUUAUUUUUUUUCAUACCGCGGAACUGCUUGUCUCACGUAUUGCUGUAUCCUUAUCAUGUGAAUGUUACAAAGGCCGAGUUGGCGAGAGGUCAUACAUGUGUCGGGUCGUGUGAGGAGUUAAGUGUUUUCCCAUAAAGUUCUAAACCUCCUCCUCCUCCUCCUCCUGCUCCUCUUCCUCCAGUUCUGUGGAAACGGGAGGGGGAAAUCCAGGCAGGAUGAUGUCACCGAUCCUGAAUUAGUGAUCACUUGAGGGAAUGAGGGAGUUAAAGGGUCACCCGGGGGUCACGUUUGUGCGGUUGCCGAGCGUAUACAUAUACAUCAAACUAAAAGCAGCAGGCGCACAAAGGACUUAAAGGAGAAUACAGUUCCUUAGGGGAAGUCGGGCCAUUUGUUUAAAGCGUGAGCUUGGAAGUGAAGUGUCCUCGUCUUGUGCAGCCUGUGUGAAGUCACAAUACAUGUCUUUUAACGCAACACAUGGUUUGUAUUUACAGCGCAGUGUUUAGCGGAAAGAAUGGACAAAGUAGAAGUUUGAGCGUUGGAAGAUCAGCAAUCAGAGCCACGGCGGCAGCGACAGGGACGGCGACGAUGGCGAUCACAAUGUCUGCGAUGAUGAGUUCUCCAGCUGUGGCCAGUUGGACCCAAGUACAGUGAAAGUAAGAGAGGGGGAGAAAGGGAGGGGAGGGGAGAGAGGGAUUUCACAGAGGAGGAAUGGAAAAAAAAAAAAGUGAAUCAGGAUCCAGGGAGGAGGCUUGGAGAAUCUGUUCCACAGGAUAAGAAUAUCUGGAUUAUUGCUCCCAGUCAGAUUCGGGUGGGGGAGAAUGAGCGGAGGCCAACUUUGGACGUUUUAAUCAAAGCGUUAAAGAGACACUGGGUGUUUUUUCUCUCUCUCUCUCUCUCUCUUCAUUCCCUCAGGUGAUUGACAGAGCGAUGAAUACAACAAACGCUGUGGGGAUGGACGACGCGCGUUUUCUGUCAUGAAGUCACUUUUCAGUUUGAUUCGCGGCAACUUUUCACAUCCACAGCACGAGUAGUUUUUCUAUAUUAGAACAUUCCGAGGUGAGAGCACGUGCGAGGACUGAACACAUUUCUAAAACGAUAUAUAUAUAUAUAUAUAUACAUGUAUGCCUUUCUAAGUGAAAAUCACGUGAUUGUUUUUCAUAUAACUUGAGUGAUUUUCCGUCAUUUAAGGUCAUGCAUUACUUUUAUUUCCAACAUAUUUGUGCCUGUUUUCCCACUUAAAUUUCCCAAUAUCUAACCCGCCGUGUUGCCAGAUAAGUAUUUAAAGUUAGUUAAAGAAUUCAUGUCAUGUAUUUCACUCUUUCCCCCGCCCCUGGUAUCGGUGCCAUAUUGCUGACACGUCGUGCAAAGAUAGUAUUUAGCGAUCCACUGCUGUCAGCAAUUGAUUUUUAUUUAUUAUUUUUGUUGUUGUUUGUGUACGUGUGUGUGUGUGUGUGUGUGCGUGUGUGUGUGAGAAAAUCCCCUCCUCUUGGCUUCUGUUUCUGCACUAAAAUGACAAACGCCAACACAGUGUGAAGGAUUUAGGACGAGGAGAUGUUAAUGUGCCUUCACAGCUCUCCGUCAACCAAAGGUUCCUUUUUUUUCUCCUCCAUUUUUCACCUUUCCUUAUCCGAUUCUUCCCACUUGUCACCGCCUCGUGCUCUUUAGUUAUAACUUUUUUCAUGUGGAGUCUGACCGGCGAGCGAAUGUGUGCGACAUUUUUUUUUGUCUCGAUUGAUGCAUAAAGACGUCCAAACCCCCCCCCCCCGUUAGCUGACGACUGUGUUGUAGUUUCAAGUGACCUUAUCAUAGAUGAAAACUUCAUGUACAGAAUAAAAAAAACAACAACUUACCCCGGGUGUAACCAUGGCCUGAAUCUCACGUUACUGGUUCUAAAGAAAUUGCUUUUUGUCAAGACGUUCACUUCUGCAGUUUAGCCACUUAAAUAACUGAAGAAAUGUGUUCAAAAUAAAGUCAAGUAUAAAGUGAAGGCCCGCAUGAGCAGAGCCUUCUGCUGUACAGGCAUGGUUUUUAGAUUUAACGUCAGUGGUGAUGGAUGUUAUUGAGAGACUGAUUCAUUUCUUGAUGAUACUGAGGACAAGUGACCUUGUGCUUUUCCUGUCUUUGUUUGUUUGUCUCGUUUUGACGCUUCAGUGCUUUUGUUUUUUCUGUCUUUCUUCUGUGCUGCUUCCACGUUUCUUUGAGCGUUUCUUUGUCUCACCGAGCUUCCUUCUUCGUAUGUGACGGUGUGACAGAGUGAAGGAGGACAGACGGGUGAGAUUUUUUGGAAAAAAGUGACGGGAUCCGAUGCCACGGAACGAUCAAGGCAGUGCUGUGAAAACGAGGGAGAAAAAAAAAAAGAAGCAAACGAUGUAUAAUGUCAUGCUCUUAAUUACUGUUCUUAUGGCGGCGACGAUGUGUUCAGGUGUAAUAAUUUUAGGAGAGUUUAUUAUAGAGUGUUCAAAAAAAAGACGUAAUAAAGCCACAUAAAAAUGA